UCUCUCCUCGCUGGUAUAUAGCGGGGUAUCCAACAUUUCUGUAGAUCACAUUUUUGGUUUGGCGUCUGCUUUGGCUUUGGUUUGCAUCCAGCAGAAAAUGUCUCAGUAUUCGGGAAAAAUCACUUUCUAUGAGGGCAAAUACUUCACAGGCAGGAAGCUGGAGGUCUGUGGGAACUGUGAUAACUUCCAGGACAGAGGUUUCAUGAACCGAGUGAACUCUAUCUGUGUACAGAGUGGAGCUUGGAUCUGUUUUGAUCACCCAGACUUCCGAGGACAGCAGUACGUUUUGGAGCAUGGGGAAUACCCUGACUUCUACCGUUGGAAUGGCUAUAAUGAUCACAUGGGCUCCUGCAGGCCUGUCGGAAUGCAUGGUGAGCAUUACAGAAUGGAGAUAUUUGAUGGGAGCCAUUUUAGUGGUCACUGCAUGGAGUUCACUGAAGAUUGCUCUUUCCUCCAAGGGCAGGGCUGGAACAAGAACUGUGUCAAUGCCAUCAAAGUGUACGGAGAUGGAGCAUGGGUGCUGUAUGAGGAACCCAACUAUCGUGGCCGUAUGUACGUUGUGGAGAGGGGAGAGUACAACAGCUUUAACGUGUGGCAAGCUGACAGUGCAAAUAUCCAGUCCCUCAGAAGAGUCGUCAACUACUUUUAACUGAAUUAUUCUUGUACAAACAAUGUCCCGGUGCAAACUAGAGUUUAAUUUUCCUCCCUGCUCACUCAAAGUGUGGAAUAAAUUCUUAAGAGCUGCUGUUGGCUGCAGGUAUUUUUCCCCCAUUACAUGAGACAAAGUAUGUUUUGCUUGAUUAGAUGGCCUGAUUGUACUUUGAUUCACAUCGCCCCGAAAGGUCAGGUGCCUCUUUUCCCAUAGAAGUAAACUGCAUUUGAUAUUAGCUACAGUGUUUCUGGCCAGUUUUUAAAGGGAUAAUUUUAUUCUCCUUUUCACUCCCCCUGUGGUAUAUAUUGGUUUAUUAUAUUGGCUGUUCAGGCUCAUUUGUCUGAUGGUUACUGACAGGAACUGGCAAAAUUCCUAUAAUGCUGAACCAUUGCUUCCUCACUGCAAGUCUUUGCAUUAAUCCACUGGAAAGUCUGCUGACCCAAGCACUUUAGCUGUCUCUUCAAAGGGACACUGGAAAGGAUGGCAGGCCCAGAGUGCAUCUGGAUGUGAUGCAAGAGGGCACUUACAAAGGGCUUCUACGCUCAGCAGUGCAUCUCUGUUCUGCCCUUGUGGAGUGGCCUGCAGUGGAGUGAAAUAUAUAAGAAUUCUGCAAUUUUAAGAGCUCAGAGAAAAGCAGAAGUCUCUAUUAAUCGCACAUUUAUAAUGGAGCACAUGGAUACACUUUGGAAGAAUGGCAAUCUGCAUUGCAACUGCACACAGGCCUGAG